CGGUUUCUUAGAGGUCUUAAUCCUGACUUUGAAGUUGUAUAAACCCAAAUCCUGAUGCAGAAACCACUACCCAGCGUUUCUGAAGCUGUGGAUGACCUGUUGCAGCAUGAACAGAAGUUGAAAGGUGAAGGCACUGGCAAGAGAUCUCAGACUGUUGCGUUGGCAGUGAACACAGACACACAGUCUACCCGACGUAAUCAAGAGAAGCGUUAUUGUGUCUAUUGUAAGAAGACUAAUCACACAGUUGAUGAAUGUUGGAGGAAGAAAAGGAGAGAUAAGGAACAGGCAGGUGGAAACAAGUCAAGUGGUUCACAGAGUAGCACACCUCGGUUUGCAGGUUCAGUGUCUCAAGGAAGUUCUGGAGAUUCACACACUGAAGGAAGUGUGAGUGGUGACGCCUCUGGUGGUAGCCCAGUAAGUGUUGCUAUUCUGUUGUUGGCUUUACUCCUGAGGAGAUGAACAGAUUGAGGCAAAUGAUGCAAUCUAGUGCUGGCACAACAUCCUCACCACCACUUUCCCCUUCCAUUACCCAUAAUGCCUAUUCUGUGUCCCAAUACAUGCCACCAUUCCCCAACUAUUCAGGUAAAUAUGUCCUGUCUACCUAUAGUGAAUCCAAACCUACCAAUUUAGUUCAUUUUUGGAUCCUUGAUACAGGAGCUUCUGACCAUAUCUCCUGUUCCUUAGCAUUGUUUGUUGAGCACAAGUCAGUUCAAAACACUUAUGUUCAUCUUCCUAAUAGUGCUAAGGUUCAUGUUACACAUGUAGGGACAGUCAAAUUACCUUCUGGCCUUUACCUAUAUAAUGUUCUCCUUGUCCCCAGUUUUUCUUUUAACCUUGUGUCAGUUAGCAAACUUACCAAAGAUUUUCCCCUAGCCUUACACUUUCACUCUGAUUUAUGCCAAAUCCAGGACCUACUCAGCAGGAGGAUGAUUGGUUUGGCAAGAGAGUCUAGAGGCAUUUACCAACUCACCUUUCAAUCAUCACCAGCACCAGCCAACCUCCCAACACCACCACAAGCAGCUGCAACCCUCAACUUUAGUACCCAGCAAUUUGAUCUUUGGCACUGGAGAUUAGGCCAUCCCAGUAGUGAUAGGAUUUCCUUGUUACAGCAAACUGAUUCCACUGUAACUAGUACUAAAGUUUCUCAUUGUGA